AUGCUGCGGCACUGCGGCACGCUGAUCUGCGUCGUGCUCCAAGGCCGGCAUCUCACACGCAAGCGCACGCACGACACACAGGACCCCGUCGCUGAGGUACGCAUCGACGGCACCCGGCUCCGCACACUGCCAGACAGACGCGGCGGAUCCGCACCUCUUUGGGACGAGCAGAUGCAAUUCGAAAUCGUCGACAACGGUACGUCGCCCCACACACUCGAACUCGUGUGCUACGCUACCGACAAGGAACCCGACUAUAUCGGGCGCACCGCCAUCGACCUCACGCCAGCUCUUACGCAACGGCAGUACGAUCGAUGGCUCAGCCUCACGCACCACGGCCAGUGCACCGGUCAAGUCUACGUCGAGCUCACCUACUACCCCUUGCCCCAGCCCCUCGACAUCGCAUCCCCUGCUUCCACGCCACCCACACCAUCGCAUCCGCACACGCCUCACGAUACCAUGGCCGCCGACGACGCCGCACAAGCUCCCGCUUCGCCGAGCCGCGACAGAGGCCACUCCAUUCCCGCACCCACACACAUCUCCUCCCCACCCCCCGCACCGUCGCGCACACGGCCGCCACACACAUCCAUACCGACGCCACCCAAAAGCAGCCCCCGCUUCGUGGCUCCUAUACCCGGCACGCCAUAG